AUGGUCUCCGCGCUCAUUCUCAUCGCCGAAGGAACCGAGGAAUCGGAAUACACCAUCGUAUACGACGUCCUGGUUCGCGGGUCCGUCUCGGUCUCCUCGGCUCUCGUCGGGUCCUCCUCCACCUCUGCCGACCCAGCCAACCCGCACUCGGCCGCUUACGUCACCUGUUCGCGCGGGGUCAAGAUCGUCCCCGACCUGCGUCUGCCCGAUCUCGAGGGCGGAAAAGCGCUCGAGUACGACGCACUCAUCAUCCCCGGCGGCGCCAAGGGGGCUGAGACGAUUAGCAACAACGAGGAUGUAACCAAACUCAUCGCUGCCAUGUAUGGCAAGGGCAAGGUCGUCGGCGCCAUCUGCGCCGGAAGUCUGGCGAUUAAGGAAGCGGGGAUCGGAAAGGACGCUGCUAUCACCAGUCACCCGAGUGUCAAGGCGGAGCUGGACAAGGAGUACACGUAUAAGGAGGAGAGGGUCGUUGUUGCCGAUAAUUUGGUCACCAGCAGAGGACCGGGCACUGCGUUCGAGUUCGCACUGACGCUGGUGGAACAGUUGGUAGGCAAGGAGAAGAGGGACGAGAUUGAGGGUCCACUCAUCCUGCCUAGCGGAGCGACGAUUGGUCACGCGCAGAGCUCGCCCGAUGAAGUGACUCCAAAGGAGUGA